AUGGACGAGUCUGACGUCCUCUCCCUCUGGGAGACCAAGAAGGGCGCAGACAUCCUUCUCACGAUGGGUACCAACAAGUGGCAACUCCAUGAACACAUCAUUCGCGGCAAGAGCGGUCUCAUUGACCACAUUCUCGACCUCACCAUUGUGCAGAACGAUAUCCGAAAAAUCGCGUUGAAGGAGCAUGCCUUUACAGCCUCAGCUCUCGAAGUCGCCCUGAAGUACAUCUACGUUGGGGAUGGCGUUUUCGACAGGAAGACAGAGGUUAUAGAGCUUCUUGCGAUUUACGAUGUAUCGGUCACCCUUGCAGUAUCAUCACUCCAGCAGCUCAUCGCUCCUCGGAUCGGCAAUCUUCUCCGCGACAUUCUGACAAGCCGAAUCGAUCUUAUCGAAGAUUUCAUAAUCGCGACCGAUGUCAUCGUGAGCGAGGAAGCUGAUACGUGGGCAAUCAUGCGUCAAGAGCUUCAAAACGCCAUAAGCCCUCACAUCGGUAUGCUCUUCUCGCAGCAAGAGUUCACAAGUCUUGUGAGGACAAAUCAGACCUUUUGCUUUGAGACACUCUCUACCGCAAUUGCGCGGAUGGAUGUUCUGGAGAAAGGCGCUGGAGAUUCCAAUGAUCCGAGCAAUUUACGAGACGACGGUGAUGCGGGUCAGUCCAAGUCUAGUCCCACAGCGGUCUCUUGUAAUGCGACGCAGACUGAUAUACAAGCCUCUUCUGGCGCACUCAAGCCAUUCCAGGAGGGUGCAAACGUGCCAUCUACCGGCGACAGUAUGUCCGACUCGGAUAAAUCGAUACACUGGGAAUCCUGCAGCGAAGGCGCUACAACAUCUGUCUCUCGUACGCAAAAGUUGCGAGCUUCAGGAUUAUCAACACCGGUCACUCCACAGGCGGGUACCUCGACGCCCUCAAGAAUCUCCGGACGCACUAUUGAGCAAAGACCUGUAGCCUCGCGAGUGGUCGAGCGAAUACGAAAUCCAUUUGCGUUGAAAAGAUCCAGCAUCUCCCAGAAGAAGGAACCUGCUGCUCCCAAUCUAGAGCGGACCAGUCACACAUAUGCUUUCAGCGGCUCCAGCGUUCCGCGCGACUUCCAGUUCUUUGGUGCCACCCAGACCGAACAAACUACGUUCACGAGCACCGGAACCAAUCCCAGGUAUACGCAGAAUAAUGCUACCCCACAGUGCUACUCACUAAACAAGCAAACUCGCGGCUCUUCGUCUCGCGAAUCGGGCGUGAAGAAGGCAUCUCAACUUGACCAUGUUACAGCACAUGAGGUCAAGAAGGGCAGACUUGUUGUUGAGCCUCAUAACGGUCAACUAUCUGCAUCGGAUAGAGUCCUCCUUGACGGGCCUCGUAUCGAAUGCAACCCUUCUUGA